UAACGCGCCAUCUGCAGAAUAUUUAUUGCAAAAGAUUGCUUAUAUAAAUCGAUUUGAAACAUUUAAAACGUUUAAAAUGGGAGUGAAAGAUCUUUGGAAUAUACUGUCACCUUUAUGCGAAAGGAAACCAAUGUUUACGCUCCAAGGAAAAACAAUAGCAAUCGACAUGAGCUGUUGGGUUGUGGAUAGUCAAACAGUUACUGAUAAUUCAGCUCAGCCAAAAAUGUAUCUUAGGAAUUUAUAUUUUCGUACGUCGUUCCUUCUUCUGCAAGGAAUAUCACCAGUGUUUGUGUUAGAAGGAAAAGCACCUAAUUUAAAACAUAAUACUAUAGCAAAGAGAAAUAAUGUCCGCGCUGGAUUUCGGGAAAGAAAAACUGCACAUAGAGGAGGGAGAUCACAAUUUAAUAGGAUUCUUAAAGAAUGUAAAGAAAUGCUUAAAUACAUGGGCUUAGCAUGUGUACAAGGACAUGGAGAGGCUGAAGCAAUGUGUGCUUAUUUAAAUGAAGACGGGCUUGUUGAUGGAUGUAUAAGUCAAGAUAGUGACUGUUUUUUAUAUGGAGCAUCCGUAGUUUAUAGAAACUUUUGUAUGAGUGCACAAGGAAAUCGGGGAGGAACAGGGGGUGCUGUUGAUGAAUAUAGUAUAGAUAAAGUAAAGAACGUGUUACAUAUAGGGAGAAAUAAAAUGAUAGCAUUAGCAUUAUUAUGUGGGUGUGAUUACGAUGAAGGAUUGAAUGGUGUUGGUAAAGAAGCAGCUAUGAAACUUUUCAAAAUUGUAAACGACGAAGACAUUCUUGAACGAAUAAAAAGUUGGAAAACGGAUAAUAGUUUAGACCAGAAAGAAGCAGAAUUAUUAUGUCCAAACAUAUGUUCAUCUUGUGGUCAUAGUGGUAAAGUCCAGAAACAUGUAAAAUCAGGUUGCAUAGACUGUGGUACUGUCAUAAAGUGUAAUGAUUCUUAUAGAGAGGAAAGGGCUUUAAUAUUAAAUGAAAUUGCUUUGAGGAAAAAAGCGCUUCUUGUAGAAGGUUUUCCUAAUCAAGAAUUGAUAGAUGAAUUUCUCAUUAGAAAAGACCCUGUACCUAAUAAAAUAGAUCUUCAAUGGAAGCAACCACAGAUGAGUAAAUUAAUAGACUUCAUGGAACAACACUUAUCUUGGGAGCCACAGUAUGCAUUUGAAAAAAUAUUUCCUCUAGUGACAAGAUGGCAACUCUUACAUCUUCCUAAUAUAACUGCCGACGUUCGAUUACUGUCUGAUUUGUUCAUUCCUAAAGCAAUAAAAAAAAUUCGAAAUAUUAGAUCUGUUGCAAGUUACGAAAUAAUUUGGGAAACGGAGCACGAUAUAAUACAAAAAUUGAAAGAAUAUAUUGCAUUAAAUAAUGAAAACAGUGUCGAUAAUCCUGAUAUUCUAUCUGAGUUAACAAGUAUUGAACCGCAAAGUGCCGUAUUGAAAUGUUAUCCAAAGAUUAUUGAAGACUUUGAAAAUGCAAGAAGUGCGAAAACGAAAAAACGGACAAUAAAAAAAAAAGCACAAAAUGGCUCGAAUUCUGAAGGCACUGCGAGAGGUACAACUAAAAGAAGGCAACAGAAAAAGACUGAAAAAUGUCCUGGAAAUGUAGAAAACACUAGGAAGAUUGAUGAGUUUAUCUCCAAAAUUGAGACGGUACCAUUAGAAGAAUCUUUUAGAAGAAUGAGUAUCACACCAAAGAGAUCGAAAAAGUCGGAUAGUCGGGUCGAAAACGAAAAAAAAAUUGGUAAGGUAAAACGUGGACCUCAGUUUGAUAAAGUGUUACAAUCAGAAAAAAUAAAUUCAAAAUUGAACGAUACGUUGGACAGAAUGUUUAAUGAACUUUCGCCGGAUGAUUUUGUUAGUGAUAAUGAUGAUCAAGAUUUAAAUAUGACAGAAAUAAUCGACAAUAUAUGUAGUGAAAGAAGAAGGUUUGAAUUUAAUAUUGUAGAAGAUACAGAACUUUGUACAGAUGAAAACAAUUCCAAUGUGAAAACUACUAAAGAUUUUAACAUAAUCGAUACAGAAAUUGAUGUUGAAACAAAAUUUAACGACUCCCGAAAAAGUAUCGUAAGUUGCGAUCAAGUUGAUGAAUUUGCUAGUAUAGAUGAAUCUUAUGUACCCCUCAGUCAGAGAUUACUCUCGUGUAAUAAUACAAAGGAAUUGCAAAACAUGGUUGCAGAAACGAAUGAAAGUAUAAGGUUUAGUUUUGGGUUUGAUGAUCUUAUGAACGAUACCAAUCCGUAACAUACACAAGUUGUUACAAUGCAUGUGAUUAAAAUAAACUGUUUUAUAUAAGGAGUAUCGAUUAAAAAACUAGAAUAUUAUGAAUUACUUUUGUAAAUAUACUAUUUUGUACAUAAAAUAUGGUUUAAGGUUGAAUGUAUAUUUUAUCUUUUUAAACAUUUAAAAAAAUUGUAUUAUACUUCACAUUAGUACUUCAUAUUCUGUAUGUGUGAAGUAUCAUUUUACAGUGCAAUUGUGUUAAAUGUAGACUGCUGUAAUAAACAAGUAUCAUUAAUAACUUAUACAAAAUAAACAAAAUGAAAUAAAAAUAUGUAUCACAAAAGAA